AAGCGGAAUGUGUCAUUGUUGUCAAAACGAUCGCAGGCAGCUGCUACAAACAAACAAUUUUUAUUGUACAAUAAACAUGUGCUAACAAUUUCUUUGUUGAAAAAUAGUGACCAAAGACCUGUAAACAGUCGGCAGCGCAAAGGGAAAUAUGUGGUGAGCCUGCCGCCGUGCAUUGACCACCGCCACUAUGCAGGGUUAUCUGCGACGCGAUUAGAUAACGGCGCAAAGUGUCCGAUUUAAUGUUAUCAAUAGGAGAGCCUUCUUCAGUUUUAUGUAAUUUUGGGACCUGCCAGGGUAUUCCGCUGGCUUAUGCUUUCGUGUGAGAAGUGGUAACGCGGUGCGUCGACCGGACCGGAAUACAAACUAUUUGCGCGAACGCAUUUCAACUGGAACGUGGCUUAGGCUGAUAGGGGCUGCAACUAUUUAUAGUUGAUAUCUAUUUGUAGUUUGAACCGUGCACUGCCCAACGUUCCGUUAAACAAAGAGCGUUGAGUUCGUUUUCUGUGCGCAUACAUGUGAAACAGGCCAGACGCGUGGUGCGGUUCAGACGGUACACGUAGCAUUGGAUUCAAUUCCGUUCGCUUCACAACAAUUCGAUAGCAAUAGUUUGCGAAGAUCGACGAAGAUCGGAGUAAAUAGUCCGUACGAAGGGGCUAACAUAUGCUUUGUCAUCGUCAGUGUGUGUUCAGCGAACGGGCAAUUAUCAGCAAUGGAGAGAUUAAAGAACUGUUUACUCAAAAAACCAUCCAAAAACGAUCUGGACGAUGGUCUGGAAACGGCCGCUGAGUACACGGAACGCUGGACGUCGGUGCGAAUCAUCUACUACACCAUGUUUCUCAUGUCGCUCGGAUUCAGCAUCAUCCUCACGGGCGUGUGGCCAUACCUCGACAAGCUAGAUCCUCACGCCGGCAAAGAGUUCCUGGGAUGGAUAGUGGGUGCCAAUCCGGUCGGACAAAUGAUCUUCAGCCCGCUGGUCGGAUGGUGGGGCAAUCGGCUUGGUUCGAUCCGGCUGCCCCUGCUCUGCUCGCUGGCGCUAUUUUCCAUCGCUAGCGGCAUCUACGCCUGCCUCGAGCUGUUCCCAACUGAUCAAAAGUAUUGGAUGCUGUACUCGCGCUUCCUCAUCGGCGUCAGCUCGUCCAGUGUGGCCGUGUGCCGGUCGUACCUGUCGGCGGCCACCAAGGUCAAGGAACGGACCGGUGCCGUAUCGAUGGUAUCGCUCGCGCAAACGCUAGGAUUUAUCGUGGGCCCCGUGCUGCAGGGCGCCGUAACGAUGUUCGGCGAAGAUGGACUGCCGCUGGUGAAAAACAAAUUGCACCUCAACAUGUACACGGCCACUGGGUGGAUAAACGUUUUGAUGGGAAUUUUGAACUUUUGUCUGUUUCUGCCGUUCGUGUUCAAAGAGAAACGAAUCGCGGCCCUCGAAGCCAUGAAACAGCAGGGCAUGCAGUCGGAGAAGGAAACGUGGAAAUCGAUGAAACCGGAUUAUUUAUCCGCCUGGACGCUGAUAUCUGCCUUUUUCAUUCUGGUGUUCAAUUUCGUGUUUCUCGAAACACUGGCCACACCGUUGACGAUGGAUAUGUUCGCGUGGACGAAAGCCGAAGCCUUAUAUUACAUGGCAUGGAUUAUGGCGGUCGGAGCCAUACUGGCCAGUGCCAUGUUCCUGAUGAUUGAUCCAUUAUGCAAGCGAUUCCCAGAGCAGCAAGUUCUCAUUUGGGGUGGCUUUUUCCUCAUGGUGUUGGGACGCGCGGUUUACAUACCGAUGAGUGACACGCCGCCAAAGUUGGCACUUCCAGAAAAUGCAACACUCGCGUCGCUGCGCAUGGAGGACGAUGUGACGACGUACGUGUACGGAUCGAAUUUUACAAACGUUUGGUCCAAUCUGACCAGGGUGGACUUUGAUUACAGUGGACCUAUUCCCACAGCGGGCACAGAAACGUUGGACGGUGGUAUCGACGCGCUAGGCUGUCCACCAUCGCAGGAAUGGUGUAAAACUACGCGCGGUAUGACCAUUAGCCAAUUUCUGGUUGGUUAUGCGUUCACGGCCAUCGGGUAUCCGAUCGGUGUGACGCUGAUUACAACCAUCUUUUCGAAAGUGCUAGGACCGCGUCCUCAGGGCACAUGGAUGGGCAUCAUGACGGGCUCGGGGUGUCUAUCGCGAGCACUGGGGCCGGUAUUUUUAUCUACAAUCUACACCAAGUACGGACUAUACUGGACCUUUGGCAGCACGGCGGUAAUGAUGGCGGCCACCAUGAUGUGGCUAUGGCAAAUGAGAGAAAGACUAGUGCCGAUCCCUUACGAAGCAAGCUGUAGAGGAGAGGAGCUCGUGUCGGUGAUCACGAAAGGAGAUCAAGCGUCGGAAGAAAAAAAGACAACCGAAGACGGUGGCGAUCAGCUUAACGGUAAUUCAAAAGACAGCAGCACUCCCGGCGAUAGCUGAUCCCUUCGCGGAACGGCUGAUCAUGUAGCUGCAGGGAAACGAAUUGCUCAGUUUAUACACAUAUAUAAUCUAUUCAGCGUUAAGGAGCGGCGUGUUCGUUGUGAUAUUUUCCUCGUUGGUAAGCGAACCGUAUACAAUUAGGUAGCCGUUUUGUGAAAGCAUUCAGCAGUGAAUGAAACGAAAUCGCACAAAAAACAGU